UUUGCGCGCGUCUGUCGACCUGCUUCGUUUUCCGACGUCGUAAAAUGGAGAGACAAAGGAAGAUAGCUGCUCUGAAGCUGCUCAUCAUUCUCAAGAGACGGCAGGCUUUCCUGAGAAAGUAUUGGGUCCGGCCGACAUGGACACAGCGAGCGGACGAGAGCGAGUUUUUCACGGCGAUGAAACACAUGAAGAACGGUGACGAGUCGCUGUUCUACAUGUACUACCGGAUGUCGCCGGAUACCUUUGACAUGCUGCACGGCUUGGUGCGGGAGGAGCUGACAAAGGAUAAAUGCCCAUCGAGGGAGCCCAUUUCUUCUGGCGAGCGCCUCGCGCUGACUUUGCGGUAGGACCGAUUUGACUGCGUAACCGUGCCUGUACAGCUUUUCAUUUCAGGAAGUCUCUGUUCGUGAUGUGCGGUCGUUAUACAUACUUCGAAGUAUUGUGCAGCGCAUGCAUGGAUUGUACGCACGUCUCGACACACUUCCCCGCGUUUGCACGUUGAGAUUUGUAUUACAGGUUCCUGUCGUCUGGUAUGCUGGUAAGGGACGCAGCCAUGGCAUUCCGUGUGGGCAUCGAGACGGCACGAAACGUCAUCAUCGAAACCUGCACCGUGCUGUGGGAGGUUUUGUCCCCUGGAUACAUGAAGGUAUGCAUACAGCAUAGAGCAGGUGCAGCGAUGGGUACAUUGUAAUGCGCAUUAUUUUUUGCUUAUCCUUGCCAAGGGUGUUCAUAAUAGCUUUUGUAGGGUGCCGGAGAGCAGGUCUAGUUAAUGUCAGCUCGAAUAGUGGGAACACAAAAGCUGCGUUUUUGCUUGUGGCACUAUCAAAUUCAUUUACCUAUUACUUCCUUGAGCUUGUUGAAAGGUAUUUUUAUUUAUGCCUCUGGGUUGCAUGUUUCAUGCAAAGUUAAAUGACAGAAGUUUGAUAUGGCUGUGUAAAUUACAGCACAUGUCAUGGUGUGGGGUUUGUGUGAUGUGAUACCAUAUCGCAUGCAAAGGAAAGGGUGGCCCGUAAUGUUAAAAAAGCAGGAGUACGUUCACCAGGUUAUGGUUGCAACAACAUAGUGUCAAACAUGAAAUUACUGUUUUUGCAGACACCAACAGAACAAGACUGGCGAGAAAUCGCCGAUGGGUUCUGCAGCCGUUGGCAAUUCCCAAAUUGCCUGGGAGCGGUCGACGGCAAGCAUAUCCAGAUCAAGUGCCCCCGCAACGCUGGAAGUAUGUACUUCAAUUACAAGGGAACCCAUUCCAUUGUAUUGAUGGCUGUGGCUGACAGCCAGUACCUGUUCAGGCUGGUGAAUGUGGGUGCACCUGGGAGGUUUAGUGAUGGGGGAAUCUUGCAAGAUUCUCCCAUCGGCGAACGACUGCAUGAGGGCGAGCUGAGCCUACCUCGAGCAGCCACGCUCCCAAGGUCAGGAAGAGUUUGUCCUCACGUGUUCGUUGGCGAUGAGGCCUUCCAGUUGCGCCCAGACUUCAUGAGGCCACUGCCAGGGAGCCGGACUGCACCUGAGGAGGUGAUCUACAACUACCGCCUCAGUCGUGCAAGGCGCUGUGUGGAAAAUGCCUUCGGCAUUCUCGUAUCCCGCUGGCGGAUAUACGAGAGGCGCAUAAACAUGGAGCCUAAAAAUGUCGAGACCAUCGUGAAGGCUACAUGCGUGCUGCACAACUUCCUGUCAUCCAAUGCUGCAUCAACCUACUGUCCUCCGGGGUACGCAGACUUCCAAGACACCUUUGGGACUGUGAGCGGUGGUGCCUGGCGACAAGGACCAGAGAGCACUACAGUGUUCGGGUUGGAGAAGCCGAAGGCCCGCAACUGUGCCAAAGUGGCCAAUGCAGUCAGGCAGGAGCUCAUCAGGUACUUCAGCGAUGAAGGCCAAGUGCCUUGGCAAUGGAAGCUGCCCGGAGUUGCCCCACAUCAAGCUUCGAGUGGCUAAAUCAUGCCAGUGCACCGGCAACAUAAUCGACACAAACGGCCCUUUUCAGGGCUACCGACUUGAUGCUUUGGCAGCGAGGUCCUACAUUGGUGUUCUCCUCCUCCGUAACCCCUCUUUAAUAUAUAGCAUGCUUUGCAUUGGACUGUGGCGACAAUGGGAACAGCUGCACGGAUACAUAGCUCGUGCAAGCUUGUCGAGGAGGGUUGAAGUACACAGUUCCAAAACAGAACUUUAUUGCACAUUUCCUUUUGUAAUAGGAUUCCUUGAUUAACAGUGACAAGUAAAUGAGGUAUGCUCAACA